CUCACCCGAAAGCAAAGAGACAGAGAUACACACACACAGAGAGAACACACUGUGAGAAGCUUUCCUUUCUGGAUACUAAGACAAGGGAGAGGUGAGCUGCUAAAGACUGAAGGAGACAAGAAGGAUACAGCAUACAGGGGAAAAAGACAGUGUGAGGGGUUAAAAGGUGACAAAUAGUAACAACCAAGAAGAGUGAGAGAGAAAGAAGAAGGAAAUAAGGCCGAAGUGAGAGUCUGAGAUAGGGAAAGAGAAGAAAAUAAAUAAAGAGACUGAGAAAGGAGCGAAAGAGCCACAGCAGCAUCUUAAUCCUAAGUGAGACUUAAUUGUAGUGCAGUGCGAUGGCGUCGUUCGCUCUGGAGCUAGUGGGUGUGAGCCUGUCCGUGCUGGGCUGGAUACUGAGCAUAGUGAGCUGUGCUCUGCCCAUGUGGAGGGUCUCAGCCUUCAUCGGAGCCAACAUCGUCACAGCCCAGGUCUACUGGGAAGGUUUAUGGAUGAGCUGUGUGGUUCAGAGCACAGGCCAGAUGCAGUGUAAGGUUUACGACUCCAUGCUGGCCUUGCCCCAGGACCUGCAGGCUGCCAGAGCUCUCUCUGUGGCCACCAUCAUCCUGGGGGUCUUAGCUCUCCUCGUGGCGACCAUCGGAGCCAAGUGUACCAACUGCAUCGAGGAGGAGGGAGUGAAGGCCAAGGUGGUGUUGUCUGCCGGAGCUGCCUUUAUCCUAGCUUCGCUGGUCCAGCUGGUGCCUGUGUCCUGGUCAGCCCACGUCAUCAUCCUGGAGUUCUACAACCCUAUCAUCCCCUCGGCACAGAAAAUGGAGAUCGGGGCAGCGCUGUACCUGGGCUGGGCCGCGGCCGCAUUGCUGCUGCUGGGGGGUGCUAUCCUCUGCUGCAGCUGCCCUCCUCAGGAAGACAAACCAAUGACAAGGUACUCAAUCCCUCCCCAAAGCCGGAUGGCGUAUUCUGCUGCUCCAAGGUCCAUGGCCCCCAGCUCCUACAACAGGAAAGACUAUGUGUGAGAAAAGGGGGGGUGGGUGUUCAACAUGUCGGUUUAUUUGUGGGUUUCUUGAGAAUAUAACAGAGUGUUUCCACAGUUUGUUUAAAUAUACCAGGACCAUGGGCAAAUUCUUUUACUCAUCCUUGCCUUCAUGGAAAGGGGGAUGUAUCGACCACAGGGCGGAUUAAGGUGACAAGAGCUCAUUAAUCAAGUUGACUCUUUUUCCUCUGAGACUGAAAAAAAAGUUCACCAGAACAAGAUGUAUGUUGUUUUAUACUCCUGUCUGGUUUACUAUCAGUUGUCAGGCACUCAACAUAACUGAGUGCUUUUUAUUGGCAAUGAGUCACAUUCCCAGAGGAAGUAACUACAAUAACUCCAAUUAAUAAUUUCUUAUACAGUUUGUUAUGACAACAAUUAUUACAAGAUACAGUAUAUUAUACUGUAUCUUGACUACGCAUGUUAUUAUAUAAUAGAUAUUCUGAUUUUAAAAAACGUCAUGGCAAGUUGACCUACAGCUGAACUUAAUGUUUAUAUCAUAUUUAUCUGAACUUUUUUUUGUUUGCUAUUCUUCGUUGUAAGUGGUUUGAAUCACUCAUUUCCAAAUGUUACAUGGAAUAUGUGAAACCUUUGGGUUUUGUACUGUUGUGAGAAGAAGAGGCAGGACGUUGCAAAGCUUGUAUUGUAUUGUAAAUAACUGUUGUGUAUACCAAAGAGCAAGCACAGUUUGCAGAAAACUAUUUCCUUCAGUGGAUAAAUGUGUCAGAGUCCAAUCAAUCCAACAGACGUUCCAAAAAAGCAAGAUACUUGCAGUAGGACUAGGAAAAUAGAUAAAUAUAUUUUAUGAUACAUAAAUACCAAAAUAUACUGUGCAGGGUUACUGGGGCUCAACCAAACAGUCUGGUCAACAGCCAUAAACUAUGAAGAACAACGAGCAUUGACAGCAGAGACAUUGUUGGGAUGGGAGCAAAUCUUCUCCCCAUAGAGUAACCCUGUUUUUAAAAAACGGCUCAUAAAGAAGUUUGGAAUUUGAAUCUGUUUUUGUUGUUGCAAUAUGUUAUCUUUUCACCAUUCUUAUAAAAAUUCACAGCCAAUCUGGGCUCUGUUUUAUAUUGUAAAUUAUUUUGAAAUAGAUAACCUUUCGAUGGUACAUGUAAGUGUUACUACUGUACUGUAAAUGGUGGACCUCUGCCUGACAAUAUUGUGUUUUCAGUUUGAUUAAUAAAUAUCAGUGUACAGUUACA